UGACGUUGCGAGUGUACUUGGCGUGACAAGUGAACGCAGCGGGGCUGACAUCGUUUUUUGUUGUUGCAAUUAUGAUAUGAGUCAUUCUGAGACUUUUUAUUCAGCAUAUACCGCGGUAAGCCUCGUGGAACUUUAUUAACACCGAGACUACAUUGCCUGCACGAGACUUGCCACCAGAGAGACCAGCACGCUGCUGUAAGCGAAUUAUCAUGGUUAGCCCCAAAUAGUGGGUGAGAACUGUCAAUGUUCCCGAAAUACCCACCUAAGGAUAUUUAUUUUUGUUGGUGUCAUUUUGUUACGGAGUUAUAUUCUUAGUGCUUUAUGUAAAACGGCUGGUAGAACGUGAGAGGUUAAUUACAAUGAGGGAUUUGGUCCAUAAUUAGCCCAAAAGCCUUAAGUCCUACCCCUACAACACGGAAUUCUAUUAGUUUUUGACAAAGAAAUAGGCAUGGGUAUUAAAAUAAAUGUGAGCUGUACUAUUUCAUACAUUCUACUGGACCUCAUUAUUGCCACAGUCCUUUAUGCGCAUGGAUCACAUUUGAUCAUAUUUGUGGAGGAUGGCUUGAACUUCAGCAUUCUGCAGUCCAUGUUGGACAUUUGGGGGACUGCGCUGCUUCGAGCAUGUCUCCUGCUGGGUGCUUCCAUUGGAGUGCUGUGGAACAGAGAGGAUGGUCCACACAGGGUGACUAAACUCACCACCCUCAUCCUCUUAGUCUGCCAGACCAUAAUAACGUAUACGAUGGCCAAGCUGCUGAUGCUGAGUGAACUUGGGCCCCUAUCUCAUCGUCCCUGGUCUUUGAGUCUGAUCUGCUGGACCUGUUUCUCCUCACUGGCAGUUCUGGUACUGUGGUGGGUUCUUGGUCAGAAAAAACAUGACACCUGUAAACAAGGACGUCGCGAGGACACUGAGAAGUUGCUUCAGUCAGAUUGUGAAGAGGAGGAGGAGAAGGAGGAGGAGGAGGAGGAGGAGAAAGGGGUGUGCAGUGAGAGGAAGAACAAGCCAGAGAAGAAAGCAAUAGCAAAGACCACCACAGGAGCUACUCUUGGCCGUCUGCUGAACUACUCAAAAAAAGAUGGAGGACUGUUGACUGUAGCCGUCAUCUUCCUCAUCAUCUCUGCUGUGUGUGAAGCCUUCAUACCUUACUACUAUGGCAAGGCUAUAGAUAGCAUUGUGGUCCAUCAGAGCAUGGAAUACUUUGCUAAACCUGCUAUCACACUGACAAUCCUGGCAUUUACCAGUUCAAUUGCAGUCGGCGUGCGUGGAGGAGUGUUUACGCUCACAUUUGCACGACUGAAUCUUCGGUUCAGGAACCAUCUUUUUAGAACUCUGAUGAAACAGGAUAUUGGUUUUUUUGAUGAGAACCAUACAGGUGAUAUCACUUCACGUCUGUCAGCUGACACCACCCAAGUGAGUGACCUCAUCUCCCAGAACAUUAAUGUGUUCUUGAGGAGCGCCAUCAAAGCUGUUGGCUUUCUCAUUUUUAUGUUUGGGAUGUCCUGGAAGCUAACAUUAGUGAACAUGAUGGGACUUCCUUUUAUUGCCGUUCUUUCAGAGUAUUAUGGGAAUUACUACAAGAGCCUAACUAAAGAGGUACAGACAACACUUGCAAAGGCUAACAAAGUUGCAGAAGAAACCAUUUCCGCCAUGAAGACAGUGCGAAGCUUCGCUAACGAGCAUCGAGAGGCUGACUCCUACUACAGCAAGCUCGUUGUCAUGUACCAUCUCAACAAGAAACAAGCCCUGGCAUAUGCUUGCUAUAUGUGGUCCAGCUGUAUCUCAGAGCUCACUCUAGAGGUGACCAUCCUCGCCUAUGGUGGCCACCUUGUGGUUACUGGUCAGAUGGAAAGCAGCCAAUUGUUAUCAUUUUUCAUAUACACGCUUGAAAUGGGGGAAUGUUUGUCGAACAUUGCGUCAGUUUACUCGGGCCUCAUGCAGGGCGUAGGGGCCGCUGAAAAGGUUUUCGACUACUUGGACAGAAAACCCGAUCACCCAGCAGAUGGCACAGAGACGUUGGAGACAUUCACUGGUCUGGUGGAUUUUCAAGAUAUCAAAUUUGCCUACCCUACUCGGCCAGAGAUCGAAAUCCUUAAGGGAGUGUCAUUCACUCUAAAGCCGGGCGAGGUGACUGCCCUGGUGGGACCUUCUGGCAGUGGAAAGAGCUCCUGUGUCAACCUAUUGGAAAACUUCUAUGCUCCUCAGGAGGGUCACGUCCUCUUGGAUGGAAAGCCUGUUCACACCUUUCUGCAUUGUGACCUCCAUUCUCAAGUGGCGCUUGUGGGCCAAGAACCAGUGCUUUUUGCCCGAACAAUUGAGGAGAACAUCACUUAUGGUCUGACAGAUGUCCCCAUGGAGGCUGUCAUAGAGGCAGCCACAAAAGCGAAUGCGCAUGAUUUCAUCAUGGACCUGCCCCAAGGCUAUCAAACAAGUGUUGGCGAGAAAGGUGCACAGUUGUCAGGUGGGCAAAAACAAAGGGUGGCCAUUGCAAGAGCUCUUGUACGACACCCUCGUGUUCUUAUCCUGGAUGAAGCGACCAGUGCCUUGGAUGCUGAGAGUGAACACAUUGUUCAGCAAGCUCUAAACAACAUCAUUAGGGAGCACACGGUGUUAGUGAUCGCACAUCGGCUCAGCACUGUGGAGAGAGCAGACAGCAUCAUAGUGAUCGAUAAGGGCCGUGUGGCUGAACAGGGAUCUCAUGCUCAGCUGAUGGCCAGUGGGGGGCUGUACUACAAACUGGUGCAACGACAGGUUCUGGGCAUAGAGACGGGCGAUGAAGUACUAAAUCUUGCAGAGAGUUCCUCCUGGAAACCUGAUGGAGGACAUCAGCACAGCAGACAAAGCAGCAGUGCAAGCGAUCAAGAGUACAAUCCUCGCUAUUGAGAACAAAUUAUGUGGAAUUGUUUCCUGCUGUUAUUUAAUCAUUCACCAAAUAUAAACAACAUUUUGACAAUAA